AUGGCCACUGCCAGUAGUCUGAUGUCCGAGGAGAAGUUCCGAUGUUCUGUCUGCCUGGAAGUGUUCACUAAGCCAGUUACAACGCCAUGUGGACACAAUUUCUGCUCUGCAUGUAUCCACAAGUAUUGGGAUGGCAAUGAUAUUUGCAAGUGUCCACUGUGCCAAAGAACAUUCUCUCAAAGACCUGAACUACACGUCAACACCUUUGUGUCUGAGUUAGCUGCUGUGUUUAAGACGUUAGUUCAAAUCAAAGCCUCAGCAGCAGACCCCCCACGUCCUGGAACAGCAGCCGUUCUUUGUGAUAUCUGCUCCGAGAUGAAGGGAAACGCAGUUAAAUCCUGCCUGACGUGUUUAAUGUCUUUCUGUGAAGUGCACCUCGAGCCACAUCGAAGGGUUGCUGGUUUGAAAAGCCACACACUGUUAGACCCGGUGAACAAUCUUGAAGACAGGAUGUGCAAAGUGCACAACAAGAUAACAGAACUGUACUGUAGGACUGACCAGGCCUGUGUUUGUGUCUUGUGUAUAAUAACCCAUCACAAGAGUCACGAUGUUGUCCCGAUCGAGGAAGAAUUUGAAGUAUCGAUGGCAAAAAAAGAUGAGACCAUGGCAAAUUUCAAAAAGAUGAUACAAUCCCGGUCCGAGAAGAUAGCUGAGAUAGAAAGCUCAGUGGAUGUGAGCCAGAAAGAAGCAGAGAGAGAGAAAGAAGCCAGUGAGCAGGUCUUCAGCGACUUGAUCAGCUCCCUUCAGAGAAACCAGGCGGAGCUUGUUGAGGUGAUUGAGGAGAGGUACAGAGCAACAAAGCAGAAGGCUGACGGCUUUCUCACAGAUCUGAGGAUGGAAGUUGCUGAUCUCCAGAGCAGGAGCAGCCAGCUGGAACAGCUGUCACAGUCUGAGGAUCACCAUCAAUGUGUUCAGACUUUCCAAACCCUGUGCUCUCCUUUAAACAAGGACUGGACUAACGUCGGUGUCCACUGCCAUCUGUCCUUCCAGGCAGUGAGAGGUGCUGUGGGUUUGCUGAAACAGAACGCUGAUCAGAUAUUGGAGCAGCUUCAAAAUGAGAUCAAGAUGAAAAGAAAGCAUGCAGUGGACUUCACCUUUGACCCUGACACAGCAUAUUGCUCACUGAUCAUAAGCCAGGAUGGGAAACAGGUGGAAGAUGCAGACACAUUGCAGAUUCUUCCCUCCAAUCCAAAGAGAUUUGAAGUGUAUCCAGAAGUUUUGUCAAAGUUUACAGCAGGGAAGUUUUACUAUGAGGUGCAAGUGAAGGGAAAAACUGAGUGGAUUGUUGGAGUGGUGAGAGAGUCCUAUGAAAGAAAGAAGGACAUAUAUAUGUCAGUAGAAGAUGGUGACUUGGGGCCGUUUUCAUUUCAUCAAUCCUCUCCUCUGAGCGAUAAGUCCGGCCGUGCGUCACGACUCUUUGAAACAUCUCUGUUCCCGGAAAUGGACUAUGAUCAGGGAGUGGUUUCUUUCUACGACGUGAACUCUAAAUCACAAAUACAUUCUUAUACCGGCUUGCACUUUACAGAGAAAAUGUAUUCAUACUUCUGCCUUUACGAAAAUAACAAUGGAACAAACUCUGCUUCUCUCAUCAUUACCCCUGUACUGCAAACAGACUGA